UAUCAUUGUCACAAAACAACACGCCCUUCAUCAGCUUACAGGUACACACCUAUUUCUCAGGCUCCAGAAGAGAAAGCGUUACCAAACACUACGGCACCUGCCGGACCUCAGCUUCACACAGAGCAGAUCGUCCACGCUUGGAGCUGCACGCCCACUCACCUCCACCUGUCAGUCCUGUGGGACCAGUAGGACCAGUGCCCUAUUAAACCACCCACCUCCUCUGAUUCAGUCUCCAGUGAUUUCAGCCACAAAGCCCUUAAGCCCCAUGACAUCUGACACGUCAUGAGGUCACGCUGCCUGUUCCUGCUGGUUUACGUGCUGGGAUGCUGCUGCGGGGCAUUAAAUGCACAAAGCAAUGAAACCUGCUCGUCACUGGACUCCUGUGGUCCGGGUCCCGACCCCACGUCCACCUUCCUCCAGUGUGUGGGCUUGUCGUCCAACGCCACCGGCCGGGUCCACAUACAUAGGCUAAAGGGGGUCCUUGACGCCACCAUGGACGUGUACAGCUUCUUGAGGUCCAGCUGGAGAGGAGUCCCGGUUCUCCUAAGGGGGGAGGUGGACAUAAAUGCAGACCCUCUUCAGAAUGAGGACCUGGUCCUGAUGUGGCUGGAGGUCAACAUCAAACCCCUGAUUAAAUCCAUCAGCAAGCACUUCCUGUCCUGCCUCAGCACCAGGAGCUUCAGCUGCUCCACGUAUCAGACCGUGGUCAGGGAGCUCAGCUACCACUACUCUGAGAUGGACCCAGUCCGACAAAAGUGGACCUACACAUUCUUUAUGUACCCGUUUCUGUCUGGAGACAGAGUAGCUGGCUGCGUGGACCCCCUGCAGGGCAGCGAGGAGUGGCUGCUGAGGAACCUGGGCGAGUUCCGAGCCGAGGCCCGGGUGAAGGACUUCUGGACGCUCAACGUGAACUUCAGUGGCCUGGACGUGCUUCACCUGCUGUCCGGAGCGCAGAAGGCCGAGCUGCUGCUGGCGCCUGAGCUGGUCGGCUUCGACAACUCCAGCUUCGCCGUGGUGCUCAGCAGCUUGGCCGCGGGCGGCGCCGGCGCCAACUGGACCGGCCCUGGACCCGACCCGCAUUCAGCGCCGCAGAGCGGCGUCAGACAGGUUGUAGACGGGUUCAUGGCGGCCUUCGGGCCCAUCAGGAGCUUGGUCCACGAGUUCGUGUCGCUCGCUCAGACGACCAACGUGUCGGAGAUCCGGAGCACCACUCUGACCCAGCUGCUGCUCAACUGGACCCUGGCCGAGCUGGCCGACCGGUACCGGCCGGCAGCUCCCGAGGCGCCGGCGUUCGACGUGACCGACGUUGAGGACUGGUACCGGCAGGUGGUGAUGCCGGUGUUGAUGAGGUUCCUGCCCAACGAAGCAGCGCUGAUGCACCACAGCAUCAGAGUCCCCUUUGAGGAAGUGUUUUUUCUGGACAACAGCAAUGAAACCUCUGAAAUCGAGGACGUUUGUAGCAUCACUCUGGACAAGAAUCCGUGUGGGGUGACCAGCGCCGUGGAGAAUCUGGCCCGCGUGCUGAGCUGUGGCGCCCGGUCCAACCUCUCGCUGUCCGAGACCAGCACCUUGAGGCUUCUGGUCACGCUGACGGCGCACCUGAACUCCCUGAUCGCAGAGUUCACCGGCGCGGACUUUGCCGAGGCGGCGCGGGACUUGCAGCAGGCCUUCGGCCGCGCGCCCGCUCCGGCGCUGAGCGAGCGGCACAUGGACGACCCGGCCUUCAUCCGCCUCUGGUUCCGGGUCAAAGUGAUGCCGCUGCUGCCCGACGUCCCGCCGGCGCUGCUCUCCUGCCUCAGCACCAAGAACUUCUCCUGCCUGGUGUUCCAAACCAUCGUGGCGGCUCUGAGCGCGGACGCCAGCCUCACGCAGGCAGAUGUGGAGUUGGGCCGGAACGUCUACGAGGACUUCAUUCUCCCCUUCAUGCUGCGGCACCGCAACAGCUCUGAUCCGCAGUGUUUCACCGCAGCCAAUCAGAGCGCAGCGUGGCUCAUGAGCAACUUUGGCUUCUUCUCAAGAUUCGCCUCCAUCUUCGCCUUCUACAGCCUCAACCCCAACUUCUCUGGACUGGAGGUCCUUGACUUAUUGACCUCGGAACAAAUAGCGGAGCUGAUUCUCACUUCUCCAGAACACAAUGUGAUCCGUCAGGUUUUCAGCUUCCUGGUUCAGUCCCCUCAGAAAUUUCCAGAAGUCCUUUACUUCCUGAUUCAACUCGUCCCGGGGUUAAAUCCAAGCUGUGACGUCUACAGACAGACCCUGGAGUCGCUGUACGAGGCCACGCCGGCUCUGCUGCCGCCGGUGGAGGCGCUGGUGUGGUCUUACAUCAGCGUGCUGAUCAGCGCCGCUCCAGUGGAGUGUGUCCCACUGAACGUGUUGUGUCCCACGAUCCUGUACAAUGCCACGAGCAUCUGCAUGGAAGUCGACAGCGCUGACCUGCAGUCGUACCUGGACACACACCUGACAGCGUCCUGUGAUUUUCCCCUGGAGAAGUACGCGUGUGCUCAGCUGAAGCCCUUCGGCGCCGACGAGCUCGCGUUUCUGCUGGAGUGCGACCUCCCCGGAAACAGCAGCCGCUCCAAAGCCCUGUGGAAGAUGCUGCUGUCGGAAGCGUCCGACGUCCUGGACCCGGCUCUGGACCUCCUGGGUCAGAUGCCCUGGACCUCGCUGGGCCCGGCGGCAGGGGAGGUUCUGGACGUGAUAAUGGAGAUAAGGUUGUCGCUGCUGAGUUCUGAGCAGCUGGAGAACAGCAGUGUGAUAGGGGAGUGGUUCCGCCAGCGGCUGGGAGGGUUCCUGCCGCGCGCGUCCAGCGGGUUCCUGUCCUGUCUGAGCCGCCUGAACCUCAGCUGUGAGUCCUACCAGCAGAUACUCCAGGUGUUUUCUUUCCAUUUUCAAGACAUGACAGAGGCUCAACAGAGAGCGGUCCUGAAGGAAUUCAUCCUCAGCUUCCUGUCACAACCGAACUCAGGUCCAGGCUGUGUCAACAACUCCACAAACAGCUUCCUGUGGCUGACCCAGAACCUGGGCCCGUUCUCGAUGUUCCUGACGGUCAGAGACCUGCUGAAGCUCAACCCGUUCUUCAACCCUCUCCAGGUCCUGUCACUACUCACGCCGGCUCAGACUGCAGAGCUGCUGGUGCUGAAUGACCCGGCUCUACCGGGACCAGACGUCGUCAUCAAUGCCGUCUUUGACUUCCUGACUCUCAAUAGCGCAGAAUUUCCCAGCUUCCUGUUGGACCUUGUCUCGCUCCUCCCGCAGGCCAAUCUCUCCUGCUCUUCGUACAAAACACUCUUCACCCGGCUGGACUUGGCCAUAGCAACGGUUCCUCUUCAGGUGGCUUCACUCAUCGCCUCCAGCAAAGUGAACAUUUCCCAGUACGUCCCAGCAGGCUGCAGCAUUUACGGUGGACAGUGCAACGCUGUCACAGCCAACAGAACCAGCGUCUGUGCAGGAGUGAACAGCUCGACGCUGCAGCUCUACCUGGACGCGGGCUCGAUCGGCGGGCGCCUCUGUGACUUCACCGUGGAGCAGUUCGCCUGCGCUCCCAUGCCGGCGCUGACGGCCGCUGAUUUGGCCGCGCUGAUGAAAUGCAACUCCAGCGGCUCGAGGCCCGCGUGGGAGCUGCUCCUCAGCGACGCGUCGGCGCUGCUGGACGGGGCGCUGGACGAUCUGAGCCGCCAGGUUCUGGACCCCAAGGACCCCUCGGUGUCAGUGAUCCUGGACACCAUACAGGAAGUCAGACUGGGCGCCGUCGACCUCAACGACCCCUUGGCCGUCAACCUGUGGUUCGGCGUCAGGCUCCGCCCCUUCCUGCCUGCGGUGUCCGCCAACUUCCUGUCGUGUCUGGCCACGCAGGUUGCAGAGUGCCCGUCCUACCAGAUCAUUGUUCAGGAUCUGAGCGGCGUCCAGCCCAACAUGACGCUGUCCAGGCAGGUGCUGGUCUACACGCACUUCAUCAAGCCCUUCCUGAGAAGGAACAGCAGCGCAGAACCGAGCUGCCUGUCGGUCAACGCCAGCAGCGUCGAGUGGAUCAGGACCAACCUGGGAGCGUUCUCUGUGGUGGUGCCGUUUCAGGACCUGCAGCUCCUGGACCCCAAGUUUUCUGCGCUGGACGCGCUGGCCGCGCUGUCGCCCAGGCAGCUGGCGGCGCUGUCGGCCGAGCCGGGCCUCCUGAAAUCGUCUGCCCAGGUGGCGCUGGUGCUGAGCUACGUCCCCAACCAGCUCCUGCCCAGCUUCUUCGAUGACUUCUCUUCUGCGAUUGCGGGUCGUGAAGGCUCGCUCCCCUCUGAAGUGAGGACCACGCUGUUACAGGUGGUGUUCGAUCGCGUGAAUCUCUCAAACAGCUUAGUCAGCGACGCGACGGUGUCGCAGUGGCUCCAGGACCGGCUGCGCCCCCUGCUGGUGGGCCUGGUACCGGCCCAGGUGGCGCCGUUCUUCCAAAUACUGGCGGGAAGGAACUGCAGUCUCCAGCAGCAGGGAGUACAAGAACUGAAUUCAGUGAUUUCAACUCUCGGUGAUGAGACGAAGGCCAACAUCUACAACAGCAUCUUUCAGCUGCUUCAAGGGCCGCCGCCUCUCCGUUGCUACGGCAACGGCCCAGGCAGUUUCUACCGGUUCCUGGAGCUUUGGUUCGUGGGAUUCCAGUUCCCCACGUUGAGCGGCUUCCUGGCGCUGAUUCCUCCAGACAGGACGUCUGAGCUGCUCAACACCUUGUCUCCGUCUGACGUGGGGUCGUUCCUCAGCCGCCCGGGGGUCAUCGACGACGUUCCGCUGCUGUGUGUGUUCUACGGCCUCUACAACCAGACGCCUGUGGUCCUGCAGACGGUGUUUCUGCUGGCGGCGGUGAAGCAGGAGACGCUGCCCUGCGUCUGGACCACGGCCCUCAGCCGCCGCACGGCGCCGGAGGUCCGUGUCUGGUUCAACAGUCUGCAGAGCUACUACGUGUUCCUCAACAGGAGUCUGAUCGGACCCGCCUUCACGCAGAACGCCUCAUGUCUGGCCUUCAAGGCGCUUGUCUCAGUGCUUGACAGCUUCAACUACACGCACGCAGACUUUACAGAGAUGGACGUGUACGACUCCAUCAGAGCGUAUCUCACCCUUCCUGCAUCGGUGACGGAGCCGAGGUGCUACAACCCCAGCGACCCAGACCUGAACUCCACAGCCUGGUUCGCCGAGUACAUGCGCCGCUUCAUGAAGUUCCUCACCCUGGAUGAUCUCAGUACAUUCGGAUCACCUGAGGUGAUCCAGGUGUUCACGGUGAACCCUCUGGACCUCGCCCUCCUCUUCCAGCUGACUCUACCUCUCAACCUCACCAGCUACUACACCCAGCUGGUUUAUCAGGAGGACAGCAACUUCAACCCUUUGCUGCUUCCAACGGAGUUUGAGUGCUUCGCUCCAGGUCCAGCCUUCACUCAGCUGUCCCCGAAUGAAAGUAUGCUCAUUCUGCACAACCUGACCACAGUCUGUACGAACCUGGAUCCACAGAUUUCUGCCGCCUUGGCUUCUAACCUUGGCAACAACAUUGACGCCGCGGCGCUGGAGGCCCUGGGCAACCACAGCACCAGCCUGUCCACGGGUCAGAUCAAGACAAUCAGGCCCAUCUACCUGCUGCAGGCCCUGUCCACCCUGAGCACGGUGCAGGGCUGGGAGGAGAGCCAGGCCUGGGCCAUCGUCCAGGCCCUCGCGUCCUCGGGGCUCCUCCAGGUCAACGGCAGCUCCAGCCUGCUCACGCUGGGCUCGCUAGUCAUCGGCGUUCCUUCCGCCGCCUUCAGCCGCAUCGACGGCCUGCAGCUGAUCCAGGCGUCCACAAGUGCUCCAUUCCUGAUGAACUUGAUGUCUGGCCCGCUGGUCAUCCAGGAGACCUUCGUGACUCAGAUCGUGGCCGUCAACACCAACAGCGAGGUGAUCAUCCAGAACGUUCCGGAUCAAAUGGCGGCGCAGAUCCCUCGAGAUCUGCUGCUGGGCUUCUCCAACGCCCCCGGCGUCAUCACGGGGCUCAACAGGAAGUCGUGGAAAAGCGAGCAGGCGGCGCUGUUCUUCGAAGUGAUCGGGGACGCCGGUGCGACAGCGGUGCUGGGGGGUCCGAACAGCCUGUCGUCGUCCGUGCUGCAGGGCUUCACCUGCACCGGGGUCAGGAACAUUCAGACGGCACAGAUCCAGAGCCUGGUCAGAGCCUGUCGGAGGAGCGGCGCCAGGCGGGUCCAGCUGCAGGAGACUCAGCUGACCUGCAUGUACAACUACAUCAAAGGAAGCCCAGAUGUGACCGACUUCACCGUCUACCCUCCAGAUGUGAUGCUGUACUAUGAUUACUCUCUGGUGCCAUCGACCAGCUGCAGGUCCUAUUUCCAACAGCUGGGAAGUGCAGACUUCUUCGUCUUCUCCUCCACCCUCAGUUACCUGCUGACCAACCUGUUUGCUAACUCUAGGAGCUGCCUGGGUAUAACCAACACCACGUUGACCAAGGAUAACAUCCAGGUGCUUGGAAGCAUGUGCUGCACUCUGGAUGGCUCCUACAUCCAGAACUCCAACCCGUACAUUCUAGAAGUUCUGAAGAGCUGCCCGGGCCUGAACCCGGCCCAGGCCGCCGCCGCCCAGAGCCUGCUGCUGAGCGGCAGCACGCCGUACGGAGCUCCGUCGACGUGGAACCAACAGACGCUGGAGAACCUGGGGGCGUUGCCGCUCUAUCUGACCUCCGCCUUCUAUAAAUACUUCAGCGCGCAAACAACGAAGCAGUUCCUGCGUUUCUACUUCACCAGAAACAAAGUGAACCUGCAGACGAAGCAGCGGCUUUGGCAGCAGAUCAACCUCUCGUUGAGGAGCAGGAGCAGGAGAUCCACAGCCGAUAGCUGCACCGUGGGCGCGAUCACGCAGGUGACGAUCAGCGACGUGACGUUCCCCUUCGACUACUCGGACAUAAACCAGUUUAACGCCUGCCUCAGCGCCGCCGUGGUCAGAGACAACCUGGAGGCCAUCACUCAGAAGGUCGUGCAGUCCGACUUCCUCGCCAUCGUCCUCAGCAGGCUGCAGGAGGCUUACGGCGCCGCGGCUCCGAUCCCAGAGGACCAGGUUCUGGUCUUGGGCCCGGCGUCGCGCGUGGCCACCGUCAGCAGCAUCGGCCUUUGGAGCAUCACCCAGAUCGACACGCUGUCGGCUCUGAUGUCGCCGGCCGACGGGCCGUGGAACCUGACGCUGGCUAACGCUGUCAUCUCCAAGUACCUGAGCAACCCGGGGAACACGCUGGGCAGCGCCGAGCUCAACGCCAUCGGAGCGAACCUGUGCGCGCUGAGCGCCGACGUCCUGGCGAACAUCUCCCCGCAAAGCCUCAAACAGGCCGGCGCCCUGAACGUGUCCGGCUGCUCGGCGCCGCAGCAGGCGGCCCUGUUCAGCGUGGCGCUGCAGGCGUUCACGCCGGCCACGCGAGCGGCUGCGCCCGUGUCCAGCUUCCAGCUGAUCCUGCCGUACCUGAGUGGCGCCCAGCUGAGCUACGUUCAGGGUUUGGUGAACGCCAACGUCAGCAUGGACCUGGCCACCUUCUCCACGCUGCCGGCCAUCGUAGCACUGAAUCUGACCGUUACUCAAGUCAAACAGCUCCUCGGCGCCAAUCUGGCACAGUUAAAAGCCUAUGAGAACCAAACGCUGGUGCAGAGCUGGAUCCGGCUGCAGCCGCAGGUCGAGCUUGACUCUCUGGGUUUGGGUCUUGUGGGAGGAACCACAGCGACUACAGCUGGGCCCUCAUCAUCAACGACCACCACCACAAACGCUGCAAGUGAAUUAACCACUACUGGAAGCAGCAGUACUACUACUACUACUACAGCUACUGGAACUACUACUACUGGUACUACUACUACUACUACUACUACUACUACUACUGGUAGCAACACUGGGACCAGCAGCACCACAGCUUCUACUACCAAAGGUCACUGUUCCCGCAUCCAAGCACACAGUGGCCUGUCCUUCCUCGCGCUCCUCACACUCUUCAUCCUGUCUCAGAGCUUCGCCCUGUGAACGCACACACCUGGCUUCUGUAGUUCACAAUGGUUUUAUAUAUGACUUUAUUUUUCUAUGUUUAGCACAUGAAAGGAGUGAAAAGUCAAAAAGAGCCAAGGUUACCUCAAUAAAAUAGAAGCGACUUAUUAGAAAUGUUUAAUGGGUGAAGUGUAAAAUGAAGGGGUCAGUUUCUGUUGUAUUUAUACUGCAAAAAUUAUCCGUCAAUAUUUUAUUAUGGCACUUUAUUUGGCUUGAUCAGUAAUAAAAGAUUUACAUACCUGUAAACAA